AUGGAAUCACCUGUUACUACCAAUGGACUUUCGGACAUAAGAGACCGGAGAGAAAAACGCCACCGCUCUCACUCUCGUGAUCGAGACCGUGAGAAGCGUGAGAAAGACCGCAGUGAUCGUAGCGAUCGUCACGAUAGGGACAGAGAGAGGGAGAAAGAGAGACGCAGUGAACGAGAGCGCGAACGCGAUCGAGAUCGCGAGAAGGAACGCUCGGAACGGCAUCGUGAGAGGGAAAGAGACAAGGAUCGAUACUCUGACCGGCCUUCAGAUCGUGAUCGUGACCGCUCCGACCGACAUGACAGGGACCGUGAUAGGGAUUACCGUAGCCGCCGUCGUGCCGAGGCUGAAGAGGCUAGCCCUCAGCCAGAGCGCAUUCGAUCUAAGAAGGACUCCAUUGUUGACGUGCCAAAAGGUGGACUGUCGAUAAUGGGCGCGGCAUCCGGCAGAAAUCGAGACGCUGAUGGAGACGAAGAAAUGGACGCUAAAAGCCGCGACGGUCGCAGCGAGACAAGCAGCCGUCGCGAGUCUGAGAGAGAUCGAGGGUGUGAGAGGCGUCGUGAAUCUGACAUGUUCAUUGACGAUGACCGCGAUCGUGAACGUAGGCUCGAGCGACGCCGUAGCCCAGACGUUGAUCGUGAGCGUAGUCCUGCACCUCGAGAUCGCACGCCGAGGGACCGCUAUAUCGACUCUCCCCGUCGAGGAAGCCCGCCUUCACGCCGACGCGAGCCUCGACCAAUCGAAGGCGAUACAUAUAUUCCUGGGGAGCCGGGGAGCCCUCCUCGUCCCAUGGCUGUCGAACGUCGGGUUUCACAUGAUAGGGAUGAACCCGGUCCCCCGAGGAAUUGCACAUCCCCGCCUCCUGUCAGGUAUGCACCUAUGCCAGAACAUUCAGAGGACUCUGAGUUGAGAUCUGUAUUCGUGUCUCAGCUUGCUGCCCGUCUGACUGCGAGAGAUCUUGGAUAUUUCUUUGAAGAAAAGCUUGGUGAAGGAUCUGUCCGAGACGUUCGCAUUGUUACAGAUCGCGUCUCCAGACGAUCGAAAGGCAUUGCUUAUGUCGAACUGAGCUCCAUCGACAUGGUCUCGCGUGCUAUUGCUCUUACUGGCACAAUUGUCAUGGGCCUACCGAUCAUGGUUCAACUCACCGAGUCGGAACGGAACAAAGUUGCUGCCAGUGGUAGCUCCAUGCACCUGCCACCUGGUGUUACGGCUCCACCUCCUGGCUCCAUGCAGCUUUACGUCGGCUCUCUCCACUUCAACCUCACUGAGAGUGAUGUCAAACAGGUCUUUGAGCCUUUUGGAGAACUCGAAUUCGUUGAUCUGCACAGGGACCCGCUCACGGGUAGGAGCAAAGGUUUUGCAUUUGUCCAGUAUAAACGAUCGGAAGACGCAAGAAUGGCCCUGCAAUCUAUGGAUGGAUUUGACCUUGCUGGUCGUCAGCUGAAGGUUAAUACUGUGCAUGAAAAGGGCGGUGCUAUCCGCUAUCAAUCACAGAGUGAUAGUUUGGAUGAGAGCGGAGGCGGUAACUUGAAUGCAGCCUCGCGCCAAGCACUGAUGCAAAAGCUUGCUAGGAUUGAACCCCCCAAACCAGCCAUUUCACCCAUGGCCAGCCUACCGAAAGCCGCCAUGCAGUCCCGAUCGGUCCUCCUCCGUAACAUGUUCAAGGAACCUGAACUGGAGGAGAAGGAAAAUGGACCUAAUUGGGCAAAAGAGCUGACUGACGACGUCAAACAAGAAUGUGAAGACAAAUAUGGUCUAGUGGAUUUCAUCAAGCUGGAGCCGGACUCACAGGGUGAAAUGUAUCUAAAAUUCAAGAGCAUUGAAGCCGCUUCAAAGGCAAUCGAAGGUCUCAACGGGCGUUACUUUGGUGGACAGCCCAUACAAGCCACUUUCAUUUCCGACGCCAUCUUACAGGCUCAUCAGUAG